GAAAAAAAGUUAAAAAUGAAAAAAGUUUGUCAACAUUAUUAAUAAAUGAAGAAGAAAACAAAAGUAUUGAAAUGACAACCUUGAAGGAUAAGAAAGAAAUGAAGAAUGAAAAUUUAAGUAAAAUAAAUGUAAAAAAGGAAAAUCCUGUUAAAAAUCAUGUUAAAAAUCAUGUUGAAAAUCAUGUUGAAAAUCGUGUUGAAAAUCGUGUUAAAAAUCAUGUUGAAUAUAAUGUUGAAUAUUAUAAUGAUGUAUUUACCCAUUCACAUAAUUGUUAUCAUGGUGGAGAAGAACAAAAAGAAUAUGCUCACAAAAAGAAACACGUAAAUAAUAAAAAGAAAUGGAAGAAACAAUAUAAAGCUGUCAAAAUAUAUAUGAAGAUGUUUUUAAAUAAUUAUAAAUUAAAAAAAGGAAAAAGAAAUUGUAAGGAUUUAUCUGUAAAAAAAAGAAGAAAAAAUAAAAAGAUUAUACAAAAUGAUUAUAUACGAAUUAUAAAUGCUGAAAAAGAAUAUGUACAAAAAUAUCACGAAGAUAAAAUUUUUUUAGAUAAUAUAAAAAAUGUUUCUUCAUGUGAACUAAUAAAAGAUUGUUCAUAUUUUGUUUUUUUUUAUAAUCUAUUUAUUAAGGGAUUGUAUUUAGAUAAGGACAAUUUAGAACAUGCUACCAAAAAGGAGGAUAUAACAAAAAAUAUUACAAAAAAGGACAUACAUAUAAAUAAGACAUGUGAAGAUUUCUCAAACAUUACAAACUUAAAAAAAAAAUACAACAAACAUAAUGUGAUAUUAUUCAAAGGAAAAUAUACAAGACAGCUGAUAUGUGAUUAUUUAAAAUUUUUAUUAAACAGUAUACAAAAUGAACAUACCAUUAAAACUCAUUUUUAUAUCCUGGAUUAUGUACAUGUUUUGGAAAAUAAGAAAAAAGAAAUGGAAAAAAAAAUUAAAAUGGAUUCUUUUAUUUUUACCAAUUCUAAUGAAGAAGAUAAAUUAUGUAAGGAUAUAAUUUUGAAUUCUAAUAUAUUAAACCAACAAAAAGAAGAUGAUAAUAUAAGUGAUAAUCAUCUUUAUAGUAAUAAUACUUUAAAGGAAGAAAACACAUCAAGGUCCGUAGCUUCACAUGAAAUACAAAACGAAAGUAUAAACUCCCCAAAUGUAUUAAAUGUAAAAAAUAGGAACCAAACAAAAGAUGAUAAUGGAUGUACGAAGGAGGAAAUAAUAAAAAGUAACAAUUUGAUGAAAACAUAUGAUAUAAAAAUAAAUGAACAUAUUUAUAAUAAAAUAUUAAAUAAUUUUGUAAGUGAAUUGAAAAGCUUUUUUUUUUCUAUAUUGGAAAAGAUAAGAAGUUCCAAGCUUUUAUUAAGAUUUAUUUUAACAUUUACAGAAAUAUGUUUAAUAUUAACACCUCAUUAUAUUAAUAUAAUAAAUUUUAUAGAAAUAUUAUGUGACUUUGGACAUAUAAUACCUAUACAUUAUAUAUCACAUUUUAUAAUUUUUUUUCAAUGUAAUAAAAAUAUAUUUAUUCAAAAAUAUAAAGAAUUUCAACAUUGUAUUAUUAAUAAUGAUCCAAUAAAAAUACAGUCAGUAGGUGCUAGACUUAUCGGUUUUAUAAAAAUUCUACAGAAAAAAAUUCAUCUUAAUAAUAAGGAGCAAUCCAUGUAUUCUUUUUUUCUAAAUUUAUUAUUAUCAGAGUGUUUACCCAUAAAUCAUUUAGGCUUUUGUAAUAGGCAAUCAGCAAAAAAUAAUUUUCAUUAUUUUUUUCAGGACACUCUAGAUUCUUGUUACAAAAAAUUUAAAGAUGAACAAGUACUCUACGACAACUUUGAAUUAAAUAUUCAAAAUAAUAUUAAAAAUUAUAAAAAAAUUAAAACAAUAAUUCAGCACGAAAUAGAGGUAAAUUCUGAUAAAUAUCUAAAACAGGAAGACAUAAAUUUUAUUACUCCUAAAAAGGUUAUAUGUGAUGAACAAAAUGGACAAGGUACCUGUUAUAAAAAGAGGAAAGCAGAAGAGUUUAAGGAAACAUCCUUAACUAAAAAAAAACAAAAAAAAAAAAACGACGAAAUGAAAUUAACAUGUGAUGAAAAAAACAUAACUAGUGAUGAAAAAAACAUAACUAGUGAUGAAAAAAAAUUAACUAGUGAUGAAAAAAACAUAACUAGUGAUGAAAAAAACAUAACUAGUGAUGAAAAAAAAUUAACAAGUCAUGCAACAUAUUUAACAAAUGAAGAAUGUAUAGAAGAAAAGGAUGCUAAAGAAAUGUAUUUAUCAUACAUGUCGUUUGUUUCUCUUGUGGCCUUUAUAAAAUAUCCAGAAAUAAUUACACACGACAACAUCAUUUUAUUAGAAGAUGUAUAUAAUUCCUUCAAAACGUUUUUGAAUUAUAUAAAUACUUUAGAUAAAGAAAAAAAACAAAAUUUUAAACGUACCAAAAAAUAUAUGAAUAUGAUAAAAGCAUAUUUGUUUAAUGACCGUAUAGAUUUCUUGGCAAAUCUUCAUAUAUUUAAAGUAUUGGUAUAUGAUGAAAAUUUUUUAAGGGUUUUAUUUUUUAAUAUCUUGGUGGUAUUGAAUUAUUUAAAUAGGGAACUUCAAAUAUGUGUUAAAGACGACAAUGAAUUGGAUAAUAAUAACAACAAUAAUAAUAAUAAUAACAAUAAUAAUAACAAUAAUAAUAAUGACAAUGUUGUAAAAAAGAACGAUCCAACUAUUAUAUCACCAAGAGCCUCUUUCCUCUUCUUUGUAGAUUAUGAUAAAAAUGAAGACCUUGAAUUGGGGGACCAAGAAAAAAUUAAUAAUCACUUGAGUGGACUCACGACAAGAGGUCAUCAAAAAAGUAUAAGAGAAAAUAUUAAGAAUAAAGAAAGUGGGAAGAGCAGCAUACUGACAACAGCCACAAGCAACAAUAACAACAAUAACAACAAUAACAACAAUAUUAAUAAUAUGAACAAUAUUAAUAAUAUGAACAAUAAUAAUAAUAUAGUGGAUAGUAAUAGUACUUAUUUUAAAGAAAAUAUAAAAAAUAAAGAUAACAGCAACAAUCGAAAUAUGUCCGUGAACCAAAAUAUUUUUCACAACACAACAAAAGAUGUAAAAACUUCUAAAGAAAAUGAUGAUAAACUUGUAAUAAAGGAGAAAAUUAAAAAAAUUAUAUUCACUUUUGUUAAAGAAUUAUUAAAUUAUUUAGACGGAUUUAUUAAUAGUAAUCAUAAUUUUAUGUUGGCAAAGGAAUAUUCUUGGUAUGUAUGGAAAAAACAAUUAAAUGUAACAAAAUAUAAUAAAGAUAAUUAUGAUAUAUCCUUUAAAUUUAAAUGUGUUGACGAAGACAUCAAGCAACAAUAUUAUGAUAUAACUCAAACAACAAAUAAUAACACAUAUAAGAAUCAAAGAAGUAAUCAUAUGAAUGAAAAUUUUCUUAUCGAUGAAUUUCCCAAAUCUAAUAAGAAUCAAGACAAAACAUUAUAUAUAAAUGAAGUGUCCUAUCUACCAAACAUUCCAAAAAAAAAUAAAAACAAAACAGAUAAUCAAUCACCUGUAGAAAGACUUAUAAAUAUCAUAGAAAACUUUGAACUCCUAAACAAAAAAAUGAAACCAUUUUAUUCUAAUAAUAAAAACAAAAACAAAAAUAAAAAUAAAAAUAAAAAUAAAAACAUGGAACAAAUAAAUAAUAAGGAUAUAACAAUGAAUUUUUAUAAUAAUAAUAAUAAUAUAAUACAUAAUAAGGCACAGGAUAAUAUUCAACAACAUGAUGAUAAUAAUAUUAUUAUUACUAAUAAGGACCAUCCGCCAUAUAAUAAUAAUAAUAAUAAUAUAUUCCAUAUAAAUAACUUCUUAUUAGAAAUUAAUAAAAUAUAUUUAAGAAGAGAAGCAGAAUUCUGGGAACUAGAUGAAAGUGAUUCAUUAACUGAAGAAAAAAAAAAUGACAGUAAUAAAAAAAUCCUUCUUGAAAAACUUAUAGAUAAAUUAGAUGAUUAUAAAAAAAAAAUAAAUAUUGACAAUGAUCCAAUUAAUGAAAUAGAAGAAAAUGAAAAAAGUAAAAAUAACCCAGUAUUUAAAUUUAGGUUAUCCAAACUUUUUAUCUUAAAAUAUAUAGAUCUUUAUACAAUCGUUAAAAAUAAAGAAUUUACAACUGAUUGUGAUUUUCUUUAUAAUCUUAUGAUACAGAUGGACAAAAAUGUGGAAAGAAAAAAAAGUCUCCUCAACAAAGGGGUAGAAGAAAAUGACGAAGAAAUAAAUGUGGAACAUCAUAUAAACAUGGAACAAGAAAAAAAUGAAAAAUUAAAUGAUAAGGAAGGACAAUACGAAGAUGUAACACAGAACCUUAACGAACAAGAAGAAGAAGACAAAUUUUUAACACCUGAACAUCUUCCUAUAAAUGUCGAAAUAAAAUGA